CGGACGCAGACGGACGCAAAGGAGGCUAGAUUAGAUACGAGUGCGCCUUGCCGAGUGUUUACUUUGGCGGUUCGUCCAGCGUGCGAUGCUGAGCGCGUGUCCCGAAGCAGCCCCCGACCGCCCCCGCGUCCUCCGCCCUUCGCCCCAGGUCGCCAUGUGCCCUCCGAGGGCCUGAGUGUCCCGCCCUGAAGCCGCAUUCCAACUUCCAACGAGCUCCCAGCUUUCCGCCUGCCUUCAGAGAUGGAGGAGCAGCGGACGUCGCCGUUGGCAAUGCUGGCCGCACAGUGCAACAAGCUGUCGAGCAAGUCGCCGCCGCCCCUGGCCGACGCGGCCGUCGGCAAAGGUUUCCACCCGUGGAAGAAGAACAACAACGAGCAGGGCGCGUCACCGAAGCCGGCGGCGCUGAGUGAGGCGGCGAGCGUGGUCAAGUCGGCGCCGGCGGGGCCGCCGCCAGCGUGUUCGCUGAACUCGGCGCCGUUCCCAGCCUCGGUCGCCGGCCUGACGACGUGCAGCGCCGCCACCGAGUUCGGCAGUUACUUGAAUUCGGCACCGGUGCUGCAGCAACAACCGCCGACGCAGAACUACCACCACGCUCUGUUGGCGUCCAAGGAAUUGUACUCGCGGCCCAAUUACGAGCACACGUGGAACUUCCAGAAUGCGACUGUGGCGGCGCCACAAGGCCAGGGCCCGAACAUGGCCAAGCAGGCGAAUGAAGCCGUUUGGUGGGACGUGCACAACGCGUCGUGGCUCGAGUCGGGUCUGCAGAUGGCGGCCAACUACUCCGAGUACUCGUCAGCCCUGGGCUUCACCGCCGGACACCACCCGAACCACCAUUUGCUGGCUUCGGCGCAACACCCGCUGCUGCAGCCAGACUCGUACAAAAUCCUGCCGCAGCCGCAGAACCACGCCUUCCACCACAGCCUCAGUUCCUUGCACCAGAUCACCUCGCCGCCGCCCCCGGCCGCCCCCGCCCCGGCCGCCUCCACGCAGAGUCCGAGGGCCCAGCGCAGGUACACCGGCCGCGCCACCUGUGACUGCCCUAAUUGCCAGGAAGCUGAGCGGUUAGGCCCGGCGGGCGUCCACCUACGCAAGAAGAACAUCCACAGCUGCCACAUCCCUGGGUGCGGAAAGGUGUACGGAAAGACGUCGCACCUCAAGGCGCACCUACGGUGGCACACCGGCGAGCGGCCCUUUGUGUGCAACUGGCUGUUCUGCGGGAAACGCUUCACGCGCAGCGACGAGUUGCAGCGUCACUUGCGCACGCACACCGGCGAAAAGCGGUUCGCGUGUCCCGUGUGCAACAAGCGGUUCAUGCGCAGCGACCACCUCGCCAAACACGUCAAGACGCACUCGGGCAACGGCGACGGCGACACCAAGUCACGCUCCAGCGAGAGCUGCUCCGAGAGCGACGACAACUGCAGCCCCUCGCACGGGGUCGUCUGAUGGACACUUGGCCGUGCACCCGAGCUCAAAGUUGCGUAACUUCGUUUCGAUCAACGUCAAGGAGCAGAUUUUCCAUAACAAAAUUUUUUUCAGUGUAAAAUGUUUUAUUUUAAAGAGGUAUUUAGAUAAAUUUGUUUAUUCUUGAAUUGAAAGAAGUAAAAAUAUGACAAAUAUCAAAAUCACUUAAUUAGCGAAAAGAAAUAUAAAAUCCCCAUCAAAGUUCAAAUGUUUUUUGGCGCCAAAACGUAAUACCCAGUUAGAAGUGGUUUAGGGUGAGAAUUUUCCAAUUGUGAUUUCAAUGUUGGUUAUAAAAUUUGAUCUUCUUUCACAUUCAAGAAUAAAUGUUUUUUCCAAAGUUCCUCUUUAAAAUCGAGUUUUUGUAAAAAUAAAACAUAUCCGAGCUGCCCUUGGGACGAAAAAGUGCUCGCCCAGUUGACCCAGACUUAUCUGAAGUGGACUCUGAUGAAAAAUACAUAAAAUUAAAAAAAGUUGUUAAUUAUAUAUACCCCGCGCCGGGAACAAUCUCAUGAACGUUUUAAUAAACUGUGUUGUGCUGCAAGUAUAGUCAAGUGUGAUAUUAGUACGCGACGCGAGGCGGCGAAUGUGUCAUCCUACCUGCGAAAGAAAAUAUCAUCUCUCAGAUCACAACUGUAUAAAAUAAUAUCUCUCGACCAUUUUACAUACAAGAAAGAAAGAGCGUUUGUGUCGCGCGACAAAAACUGCUGCUGCCGCACACUGAGGACUUUGAAUGAAUAAUUUGUACAUAAUAUUCUCUGUACUUAUAUUAUCGAAUCAAAGUUGAACUAUGAUCAGAAUAAAAUUAAAAUGAAA